AUGGAGCAAAGAGAGCUUGAUGCUAGGCAAAGGGAGAAGAACCAAGCUUCCACGAUCCAUCAUCUAGAGACUCAAAUCUCCCAACUUGCCAUUAAUCUUCAAGGUAGACCUCUAGGAGGAUUGCCGUCCACUACGGAAACUAAUCCUAGAGAGCAUGUGAAAGCCAUCAAAGUUGUGGAGCUUCGAAGCGGUAGAGUCCUUGAUGUUGAUCAUGACAAGGAUUUUGAAAAAGCUAAUGGAAAGAGGCCAAUGAUUGUGGAAGUUGAGCCUCAAGUGGUAAUAGAUAUUGCAAGCUCUAGUCAAAAGCUACCAAAGUCUUGUGAGGAGGUGGCCAUUGAUAUUGAUGUUGAGGAACCAUAUUUGAGGCCACCACCACCACCACCUUUUGUGCCUAAAGUACCAUUCCCAAGCCGGUUGAGAAAGGCCCCGGACAAUGAAAAGUUUCAUAAGUUUCUUGAAAUAUUCAAGAAACUUCAAAUAAGCAUGAGCUUAGGGGAUGCCUUGCGAGAGAUGCCCCAAUAUGCUAACAAUCUACCGACCAAGCUACAAGAUACAGGGAGUUUCACGAUUCCUUGUUUAAUUGGCACUUCUACUUCUCUUAAUUGUCUUUGUGAUUUAGGUGCAAGUAUAAAUCUAAUGUCGUUGUGUCUUUUCAGGAAAAUAUGUGGAAACCAACUGAUAAAACAAACUUCCAUGAUGCUCCAAUUUGCCGACCAUUCGCUCAAGAGACCACACGGGGUUGCGGAAGAUGUGCUAGUAAAAGUGGGCAAGUUCAUCUUUCCGGUGGACUUUGUUGUACUUGACUAUGCAGUCGACAAAGAUUGCCCCAUGAUUCUUGGGCGUCCUUUUUUAAAUACGGGGCGAGCAUUGGUUGAUGUUAAUGCGGGGAAGAUAACAUUGAGAAUGAAUGAUGAGAGCAUGAGUUCGAUAUCAAGCAUGGCAAAAGCAAGUGUGAGGAGGAGAAAUGCAUGA